GAUGUCAACAGGAUAACAUGUAGCUGUCGACAUGGAACUUCCAGUGUCUUUUGUUAAAAAAACGUUGCUUUUGUGUUCAAGCGCUCAGGUUUGAGGAUGGGAGGCGUUUACCGUAAUGUUUUGUCGCUGCUCUUUUUGCUGUUAUUCGUAAGUACGUGCGUACCGCAGCGAGCCGAGACCAAACAGCCGUUGGACCUGCGUGAGAGAGAUGACGACGGGGGAGGUGGUGUGAACCAUAAGGGUACUCCGGUUGAAAACCAGCAAGCAUCAAUAAAACAUGACAGAGAAGAUGGACACGAUUCAGUCGACCCACAGAAGGAUGGACAGUCUGUCAGCAAGUCCAAUGACACUGAUAGCUACAGCAACGAGACCCUCCACUCUACAACGCCUGCUGUCAAGCCAACGACGCCGGCACCCCCAACCGCCAAGCCCAUUCUGCCUGUGCAGACAGGAGUCAAAGCCCAAGAAGAAGAGCAGUCCAGCGGGUUGACAAUAUUCUUCAGCCUGCUGGUUAUUGGUAUCUGCAUCAUAUUGGUGCACCUGCUUAUCAAGUUCAAACUGCAUUUCCUUCCAGAGAGCGUGGCUGUCGUGUCUCUUGGGAUUCUAAUGGGAGGCUUCAUUAAGAUCAUUGAGUUCCAGGAACUGGCCAACUGGAAGGAGGAGGAAAUGUUCCGACCCAACAUGUUCUUCCUUUUGCUCCUGCCGCCCAUCAUUUUUGAGUCUGGAUACUCUUUACAUAAGGGAAACUUCUUCCAGAACAUCGGCUCCAUUACUCUGUUCGCUGUGAUCGGCACCGCAUUCUCUGCCUUCAUAGUCGGAGGUGGGAUCUAUUUCCUUGGGCAGGCUGAUGUGAUCUAUAAGAUGUCCAUGACUGAUAGCUUUGCCUUUGGCUCACUGAUCUCAGCCGUGGACCCCGUAGCUACCAUUGCCAUCUUUAACGCCCUCAACGUGGAUCCGGUCCUCAACAUGCUGGUGUUUGGAGAGAGCAUCCUGAACGACGCUGUCUCCAUUGUCCUCACGAACACAGCGGAGGGGUUCUUUUCCCGUUCAGACAACUCCAUGGUCACAGGCUGGGAGACUUUUUUGCAAGCAUUGGGUUACUUCCUGAAAAUGUUUUUUGGCUCUGCGGCCCUGGGAACGCUCACUGGACUCAUCUCAGCUCUUUUUCUAAAACACUUUGAUCUGAGGAAGACUCCUUCACUGGAGUUUGGUAUGAUGAUAAUCUUUGCGUACCUUCCCUAUGGCCUGGCAGAAGGCAUCAAACUGUCUGGAAUAAUGUCCAUCCUAUUUGCUGGAAUCGUGAUGUCUCACUAUACCCAUCACAACCUGUCUCCCGUCACCCAGAUCCUCAUGCAGCAGACACUGCGCACAGUGGCCUUCAUGUGUGAGACAUGUGUGUUUGCCUUCCUUGGCCUCUCCAUCUUCAGCUUCCCUCAUAACUUUGAAAUAUCAUUCGUCAUCUGGUGCAUAGUCCUGGUUCUUCUUGGGCGAGCAGUGAACAUCUUCCCGCUGUCAUUCCUGCUGAACUUUUUCAGAGACCACAAGAUCACACCCAAAAUGAUGUUCAUCAUGUGGUUCAGUGGUUUGCGAGGUGCCAUCCCCUACGCACUGAGCCUUCACCUUGGCCUGGAGCCCAUAGAGAAACGGCAGCUGAUUGGCACCACCACCAUCAUCAUCGUUCUCUUUACCAUCCUCCUCCUGGGGGGCGGGACCAUGCCGCUUAUUCGCAUCAUGGACAUUGAGGAGAGCCAGUCACGGCGUAAGAACAAGAAAGAUGUCAAUCUCAGCAAGACAGAGAAAAUGGGUAAUACCAUAGAGUCGGAGCACCUAUCAGAGCUGACGGAGGAGGAGUACGAGGCUCAUAUCUACCAGAGACAAGAUCUGAAGGGCUUUAUGUGGCUUGAUGCUAAGUACCUUAACCCCUUCUUCACUCGCAGGCUCACCCAAGAGGACUUGUUACAUGGCCGGAUCCAGAUGAAGACGCUGACCAACAAGUGGUACGAAGAAGUUCGUCAGGGACCCUCAGGCUCUGAGGAUGACGAGGACGAAGCUGAACUCCUGUGAGCUGAACAAACACUUUCAGUUCAUGAGAAAACAAUGAAUGGACAUUGUGUGUCCUGGGCUGAAGGAGUGUGCAUGUGUGUGUGUCUGUGUGUGUGUGUAGACAAGCCCUCUUUUCAGUGUCGGUCACAUGCACUUCUUGUUUGUUCACCUGCCACCAACUUUAAGUGACAGAGAGGUCUUGUCAGUGCCCACGGUGCGUUUUUGAUGCACGGAGCAGAGUGGGCUGGAAUGUGUCAUAUCACAGUGUUGCUCCAGUAAAACUGGAUCUGAAAACUGUAACACUGAAUGAAGCAAAAAAAAAAAAAUCUGUGAAAAUGAUAUCCUCGUAUGAACGCCAUAUUGUUACUUGCUAAAGAAACCUACAGGAUAUCUGAUAAUGUGUGUGUGUGUGUGCUACAGUUCGCUGAUCAGCAGAACAGCACAUGGGACGUUCUGUUGAUCCUGAGAAUCUUUUUCCAGGUGAUUGUUUCAUAAAGGUCUGAGGGAAACACGGCAGGGAAGCCGAGAGGGACAUUUUCUAUGUAGAGCAAUACUAGAGCACCUUUUCACUUUUUCCUCCUCACUUUUGAAUCGUUCUUCUCCAUGUGGCACGAGCUUAUUUAAGGUCUGCUGGAAGUUUUACUUUGUAUCAGGGGAAGGAUGCAACAUGUCGUCGCUACAGGCUCAAUUUCUAAAGUGGGAUUCGUAACACGCCACAAGUUGCUGCUUUAAAUGGCUUUCUGUUGAACCAGAUUUAAAUUCUCUCCGGGUCUCCGCAUUUGUAUGCAUUAAUGACUCCUGAGUUAACACAUAUAUUCAUACAUAAGUAAUGAAGAUAAAAUACCAGAGGUGACGCACGAGCUUUUGCUCACACCCUUUAGCGAUGAAGCAAACAAGGAGAAACGCAGGAGAGAGUUAAAACUAAUGAUUAAACUAAUAAUUUUCUAAACAGUAAACACCUAGCUCACAGGAGAAUAAUUAUGCUCCAGAAAAUUGGAAAUUACUUCUCCCUAAAUCAACUUUCCUGUGUUUAUGAUAAAUCUGUGGGGAGGCUUAUGCCACUAUGUCGUGUAUAAAGAACAACUUGAAAUGCUUUUGUGAUUUUUCCACUAUGGAUUCAUAAUGCAGACAGGCACCGAUGAAUGUGCGGGUAACUGGGAAUAAUGUCUUGUGAAUGUUGAUCUAUUUUUUUUCUAUUUAUUUAUCAAAUGUUUAUGUGUUUUGGGAUAAAGGCUUUUAUACAAGCUCAAUGAGCGCUGCAGAAUUAUAAAAAAAAUCUGUAAUAAAACAUUGACAUCCUG